UUUGGUUCGGCAGCCGAGAGAGGGUUACUCUACUCUCAGGCAGACCUCUGCCGCAGCCUCAUCUGCACUCCGGCCGUCUCCAGGCAUGUCUAAGCCGCCACCUAAACCUGCCAAGCCAGGGCAGGUUAAAGUGUUCAGGGCCCUGUAUACAUUUGAGCCCAGAACGCCAGAUGAACUGUACUUUGAAGAAGGAGAUAUUAUCUACAUCUCAGACAUGAGUGAUACAAACUGGUGGAAAGGAACUUGCAAAGGGAAAACUGGACUAAUUCCAAGCAACUAUGUGGCAGAGCAAGCAGAGUCUAUUGAUAACCCACUGCAUGAAGCUGCCAAACGUGGCAACUUAAGCUGGUUGAGAGAGUGUUUGGAUAAUCGAGUUGGGGUCAAUGGCUUAGACAAAGCUGGAAACACAGCUCUGUACUGGGCAUGCCAUGGAGGCCACAAAGAUAUAGUGGAUGUUCUGUUUACCCAGGCAAACCUAGAGUUAAAUCAACAGAACAAAUUGGGAGACACAGCUUUGCAUGCUGCUGCAUGGAAAGGUUAUGCAGAUAUUGUAGAGAUGCUGCUGGCAAAGGGGGCAAGAACAGAUCUGAAGAACAAUGAGAAGAAACUGGCAUUAGACAUGGCAACCAAUGCAACUUGUGCUUCCCUUCUUAAGAAGAAACAGAGUGCAGGUACAGUCCGAACAUUAAGUAAUGCGGAGGAAUACCUCGAUGAUGAAGACUCCGAUUAGCUUUUCAGCCUAAAGAACUAUAUCUUGCAUUGCCUAUGUCAUUCCCAAAACGUGUCUUUACAACUGUAAAAAUAUCUAACUUAGAGUAUUGCAGUCUUCCAGUAUAGCAUAUAAAUGAGAGGGUGGUGCUUUCCAAAGGAAUAAUCUUCAUGUGUGCAAGAAGAUGCCACAUUUUAAAUCAUAGUGCCUUUGGAAUUGUCUUACAGAGGAAGUGUGGCAUACCCUUAUUGUUGAAUGGGCAGAGGACCAUCCUCUAAACCCACAGGUUUCAUCUCAGGCCUUUCCAGCAAGUGCCUUGCGUCCCUGAAUUACGCUCCUUAGACUGAAAGGUCCCUUUGGGAUGGCAGGACACUGUUGCUAACGUUUCUCAAAAUCUCCCUGGAUACCAGUUCCUUUGUGCAGAUAAUUACUGAAAGAGUCAGUACUGGUUGACAGGCCUGAAUACCUGGUUGACAUGGCAUUCAUGCCUGGCAUGAAUGACUGGUUGACAGGCAUCUCGCUGCUAUAGAAAGUGACAUCUUUUGCCCACAUAGAGCCAGGACAAGGUUUGAUUUUUUUUUUUUGUUUUGGUUUGGUUUGGUUUUUUUGUGUGUUUGUUUGUUUGUUUGUUUUGGUAAAUCCGCCCCUAUUCCUUCCUGUACCCCUCUAAGUAAGGGGUAGAAUGACAUGAAACAGUCUGCCCCUGGACACUUUCGUUGUCUUCUCUAUUGCUAUGGGCCAUAUCCCUGAAAUGUAAACUCAGGUGAAAUGCUUGCUUAAGUCAGGCUUGCUUGAAAAGUGCUCUUAGUUUUGGACUUAGUGAUGUGAUUCCUUUGCUUUUUAAAGUGCAUGAUGCUGAAACUAUUUGUAGUGAGAGGAAGACAGAAUAUUUUUCUAUUUAUCCUGCCUAAUUUUUUUUUUUUUUACUGAUCUCUUGCUUUUAUUUUUUAAAAGAGUUCUUAUAUAUUGCCCUAAAUUACCUCAAAGCUUAAGUGUGUUUGAAGGAAUGAGGGAAGAUGUAUAUUAAAUAUACCACAUGUAUCUUUAGAAAAGAUACCUGAAAUUGAAGAAUCACUUAAACGUAUUGCUUCUUCCUGUGAAUUAAAGAGGACUAAAAAAUAAAUUGAGCCACUUUUAAGCUUCCCUGCAGAGUUAAAAAACUAAGCACUUCCUUCAGAUUGCUUAAAUAGCUGCAGCCAAAUAUACCAUACUAAGGGAUACUUCCUUGCUGUGAUGGUAGUAAGAAAAUGUUGCAAGUGUUUGAGAUGCAGUCUUAUUUUCAAUUUUUGUUGCUAACUUUCCUGUUAGCAGCUUUGACAGAUUCAGUCCAACACAGCAGUCUGUGAUACUAAAAAAGAAAAAAAAAUUUUAAAAUGGCAAAAAAAAAAGCUCUUAGAUUGGGGAUAAAUGAAAAGCUCUGGUACAAGACUGGGGAUAAGUGAAAAUCACACUAGGUAUUUUAGAAAUUAAAAGAAGACUAAAGCACUCUCAUUUUAAAAAAUACAUUGAACCAGAUUUUUGUAUUUUUAUUAUCCUGCGAAAGACUAGGUACAGGUAAGGCUUGUUAAAUGAGCAUUUACCAAAGAAGACAUUGUUCAAUUGACCAGAACUGUAUAAGAUGAUGGUGUUGCACAAAUAGUCACCUGCAAGUAUAAUUCUGAAUUGUUUAAGUGUUAAAACCAUACAAAAAAUAUUUUAGCCCUAUGAGAUCCUGUGGUCAGCUGAACAGUGAUGUUUUAUUUUGUGUGAACUUGGAAGGUCCUAGAGAGGAAAAAAUAAAAACCAAAGCCACCAA